AUGAGGAAAAGGUGGAUUGAUAAUUGUGUUAUCUUGAGGGCACAAAAUAUUGAGAACCUGGCCUAUGCUCGGGGAAUCGGGGCCAUGAUGAAUACUGGGAUUUCUUUUCUUGAUCCCACUCUUGUUCUGGUCUCUUAUCCUACCCAGACUGUAGCUACUUUAUCUCCUCUGCUUGAGAAUCUCCCUGAGGGGGAUAAGAUAGAAAUGGCCUAUGAAGUUGCUUAUAGCAUGUUCAAAGUUGCUUCUAUUUUUUAUUCCAUCUCUACUGGACAUGAUGAUGUUCCUUCCCCAGAUAGUCCCUUGAAGGAGAGGGAUACUUGA